UUAAUUUCCUACAAAUACAUAAUUUUGUGCCUUAAAAGUUCAGUAAUCAUCCAAACAAUGAUCAAAAAUGUUGAAAUUAAUAUUCACAGCAUUAAUCAUCUCCUGGAAUAAUUUUCAAGUCGAAUUGCAGUCAAUUAAAACGGGAGGAUGUCCAUUCGUUCCUUCGGUUGAAAACUUCAAUUUGUAUCAAUUUACUGGUCAGUGGUAUGACAUCGCACACAUUCCUAUUCCGACAUUAAAUCUUGGAAAGUGCGUGGUUAUGAAUUGUGUCAUUGACUACUCAAGCAUUGUCAGGAUGUCAGUCAAUUAUUAUGAUGGAAAGCAGAUCCAACAAAUCAACAAUGCAUUCACAAUUAAUAAUGCUAGUGGCGUUUACUUCGUGCAUGUCCCAAUGAUAAACUUAAAGUUUGAAUUUAUUGUUGUCGAUACUGACUAUGAUAGCUAUUCAGUCAUUUAUGCUUGUGCUAAGCUUGCCACACUUAAAAUACAGUUGAUUUGGGUAUUGAGUCGUGAGUCAACGUUAUCAAAGGAUAUCUAUAAGAACAUAACAACAUCUUUAAAGCGGCGUAAGCUUCCUUACAAGAAGCUCAAGACUGUGAAUCAAUCCAAAUGUCCAGUUUAUUUUUGAGAGUUUCAUGGACAAUCACAAACUUAUUAUAUGGGAAGGUACAAC